AUGACAGUUUCUUCUAACGCAGCAGAGCAAGCUUACUUGGAUUUGUGUGAACGUAUCAUAAAUGAAGGAGAACACCGCCCAGAUAGAACUGGAACCGGUACUAAAUCGCUCUUUGCUCCUCCACAAUUGAGAUUCAAUCUUUCAGACGACACAUUCCCUUUGCUUACUACAAAGAAGGUUUUCUCGAGAGCUAUCAUUCAUGAGUUGUUGUGGUUCGUACAAGGAUGUACGGACGCUAAAAAAUUGUCGGAAAAAGGUGUUAAAAUUUGGGAAGGCAAUGGAUCAAGAGAAUACUUGGACUCCAUAGGAUUGAAAGACCGUCGCGAGGGUGAUUUGGGUCCAGUUUAUGGGUUCCAAUGGAGGCAUUUUGGAGCAGAGUAUAAAGAUUGUGACACAGACUACUCUGGACAAGGGGUUGAUCAAUUACAAGAUGUUAUUAAAAAGUUAAAAACAAAUCCAUACGAUAGAAGAAUUAUCAUGUCUGCAUGGAAUCCGCCAGAUUUUGCUAAGAUGGCCUUGCCCCCGUGCCAUGUAUUCUGCCAAUUCUACGUCAGUUUCCCGAAUGAGACUCCUGACUCUGGCACUAUUAAACAACAAAAGACACCAGCGAGACCAAAAUUAUCGUGUUUACUAUACCAACGUUCCUGUGACAUGGGGUUAGGUGUCCCAUUCAACAUUGCUUCAUAUGCGUUAUUAACGAAAAUGAUAGCACAUAUUGUAGACAUGGAUUGUGGCGAGUUUAUCCAUACAUUAGGUGAUGCUCAUGUGUAUUUGGACCAUGUUGAUGCAUUGAAAGAACAAUUGGCUAGAACUCCUAAAGAAUUCCCUAAGUUAAUAAUCAAGGAAGAAAGAAAAGACGAAAUCAAAUCUAUUGAUGAUUUUAAGUUUGAAGAUUUUGAAAUAGUUGGAUACGAACCGUAUGGUCCAAUUAAAAUGAAGAUGAGUGUUUAA